AUGCUGGGGCCACACUGGGGGGGGGACGUGCUGGAGAUGCCCCGAUCCUUCCUGGUGAAGAAGCCAUUCAGCCACAAGAUCCCCAACUAUGGCCAACUGCUGGAGGCUCAGCCAGGUCUGGUCCUGUCCAUAUAUCAGAGUGAGGAGCCCCCCGCCAUCACGUGGCCGUCCCCGGGUACCAUCCAGGAGGAGCUAUACGAUGAAUCCCUCCUACACCCCCUGGAGCUCAGGAUGGGAAAUGCUCUCUCAGUUAUAACCAAUGGACUACCUCUAAAAGACAGCUUGCACACGCCCCCGAGGAGCAGGACAGCAGAGGCGGGACUUUCAGGACUCGUGAAUAAAGCUUCUGAAGCAGAGCUGGCCCACGUCUCGGAUUCUGAGGCCGGAUUGGACUUCCAGAAGGCGGGUAGACUGCACCCCAACCACAAACUGCGGCACUGCCGCUACUUCAGCUGCCCGCACUGCGCCAAGGCCUACAGCAGUCUGGGGGCCCUGAAGAUGCACAUCCGCACCCACACCUUGCCCUGCGCCUGCAGGAUUUGUGGGAAAGCUUUCUCCAGGCCGUGGCUCCUGCAGGGACAUAUCCGAAACACACACAGGUGAGAAGCCGUUCUCCUGCUAUCAUUGUGGGCGUGGCUUUGCAGACCGUUCCAACCUGCGCGCUCACCUGCAGACGCACUCCGAGGUGAAGCGAUAUCGCUGUCCCGGCUGCGGCAAAACCUUCUCCCGCAUCUCCCUCCUCACGAAGCACCGCGACGGCUGCUGCUGCCCGCUGUCCUGA